CCACAAGUGGUCUUUCUUAUAAGCCAGAAAUUCAAUGUGCCAAAACACAACCCCUUCUCUUUCAUCAUCCAAAACUCACGAACACAAUAAAUAAUGCAAACACCUUCAUCAGUUUCCCCUUCUUUCUCUCUUAUGCUCUAUCACCUUCUCUUUUACCACUGAACCAUCACACAACAACAACAUCAACAACCCCUUUUCAUCAUACUCUUUAAUCUCUUCCGUUCAAAUUUCAAUUCAACAAACCCAACACGUAUCAUUCUUUUGAGUCCUCAAUUUUCAUAAACUAUAUGGGGGCUGGUGUUUCUACAACUGCAACAGAAAAUGAUGAUGGGGGCACUUUUUCUUUGUCAUCAGAGACUAGCCUUGAUGAUAUCCCUGAGAACUGCAUCUCUUCAAUGAUGAUGAAUUUUGAUCCACAAGAGAUUUGCUCAUUGGCAAGAGUCAACAAAACCUUUCACAGAGCUUCCUCUGCUAACUUUGUGUGGGAAUCAAAACUGCCCCAAAACUAUAAAUUUCUUCUCAAUAAAGUACUUGGUGAACAAAAUCUUGGUUCCAUGACCAAGAAAGAGAUCUAUGCCAAACUAUGCCAACCCAAUUUCUUUGAUGGUGGUACCAAAGAAGUUUGGCUGGACAGAAGCAGUGGACAAGUUUGUAUGUUCAUUUCAUCAAAAUCCUUCAAGAUUACAGGAAUAGAUGAUAGAAGAUAUUGGAAUUAUAUUCCAACUGAGGAAUCCAGGUUCAAGAGUGUUGCAUAUCUUCAACAAAUGUGGUGGGUUGAAGUAAUAGGGGAGCUAGAGUUUGAGUUUCCAAAAGGGAACUAUAGUGUAUUUUUUAAGCUUCAAUUGGGAAAGCCCUCAAAGAGAUUGGGCCGGCGAGUGUGCAACCUUGAUCAAGUGCACGGCUGGGACAUCAAGCCCGUUAGAUUUCAACUAUCUACAUCGGACGGCCAGCGUUCACUCUCCCAGUGCUACUUGCGUGGGUCCAGAGAAUGGGCCUACUACCAUGUUGGAGACUUUGCAAUCGAUAAGCCCAAUGGACCAACCAACAUUAACUUUUCCUUGGCCCAAAUUGAUUGCACUCACACCAAAGGUGGUCUUUGCAUAGAUGGGGUAGUGAUUUGCCCAAAGGAGUUCACACAAGGAUUGAAACAAUUUUAGCAAAGUAUGCUUUACUUUGUGUUUUUAAUCAAUGACUUUUGUGAGAGCAAAUUAGGUCUAGGUCUCUCCCUCCCUCUCUCUCUUGUGUAUUUUUUAUUUAUUUUAGAUUUUUCCAAUUAUUGGCUCUUUUAGGAAGAAUUACUUAGGGGCACUCUAUUUUUGUUACAAAGGAAGUCUUAAAUGAUGUGGGAAGAGAAAAAAAAAGUGGAAAGGAAUAAUGGAUUUUGAGACCAAACAAUUUAGGGAUAAAGAUUUGUGUUACUUAAACCACUCUUAGACUGGGUGUCCUAAUUUUUGUACAGUUGUGUUUUUUUGCUGUCAUGUUUGUAAAGAAAUUGAAAUGUGUGAAAUAGUUUUGAUCGUUGUAUU